GGGUCCUCGGGGCGGCGCCCGUGCGGGGGCGCCUGGGAGACCCCGCGCCGGGCGCCGCUCGGGCCUCACGUUUGUCAUGGAUGAUGAAGACGGGCGGUGCCUCCUCGAUGUCAUCUGCGAUCCUCAGGCCCUGAACGAUUUUUUACAUGGAUCCGAGAAGAUUGACAGUGAUGAUCUCCUGGACAGCUCAGGAGAUGCUGCCAGUGCCUUUUUUGAAGGUGCUGGGCUCCACGGGCAGGAGCCCGCCGGGAACCCGCUGAGCGCGGAGCCGAGCCAGCCGCCGGCCAGCGUGGACCUGGACUUCCUGGAGGAUGACAUCCUGGGCUCGCCCUCGGGCGCCGGCGCCGGCGCCGAGCAGCCGUGCGACAUCCUCCAGCAGAGCCUGCAGGAGGCCAACAUCACCGAGCAGACCCUGGAGGCCGAGGCCGAGCUGGACCUGGGCUCCUUCCAGCUGCCGGCGCUGCAGCCCGUGGUGCAGGCGCCCGACGGCACCCCCCAGAUCUUCUCCGGCGGCGCCGACCUGCUGGGCAUCCAACCGCCCGCCGUGCUGGCCCACCAGGCCCUGGUGCAGCAGCCGGUGGGCGCCGACGUGGUCAACAAGGCCAUCAGCGUCCAGCCCUUCCUGCAGCAGGUGGGGCUGGGCAACGUCACCAUCCAGCCCCUGCCCAACCUGCCCGGGCUGCCCAACGGCAGCCCCGGCGGCGCGCUGGGCAUCGGGCCCAUCCAGGUGGUGGGCCAGCAGGUGAUGGCCAUCAACCAGCCGGCGGCGCAGCAGCUGCUGGCCAAGCCGGCGCCGGUGGCGGCCGUGGGCGGGUACAUCGCGCAGCCCGAGGCGGCGCUGGCGGCGGCGCCGUCCUCGCAGGGCGGGGCCGGCCUGGUCAUCCAGAAGAGCCUCCCGGCCGUGGCCACCACCACGCUCAACGGCAACUCGGUGUUCGGCGGCGUGGCCUCGCCGGCGUCGCAGCCGCUCACCGUCACCUCGGGGCUGGGCGGCUCCCUGGUGCCGGCGCCCAACGUCAUCAUCCACCGCACGCCCACGCCCAUCCAGCCCAAGCCCGCCGGGGUCCUGCAGCAGAAGCUCUACCAGAUCACGCCCAAGCCCUUCGCGCCCAACAACGCGCUGGCGCUGCCCGGCGAGGCCCAGGCCAAGCCCCAGCAGAACCUGACCUUCAUGGCCGGCAAGGCCGCGCCCAACGUGGUGCUCUCGGGCUUCCCCCCCAACGUCUUCAAGCCGCCGCCGCCCCAGCCGCCGGCGGCGCUGGGCAAGUCCAUGAGCGUGCACGUGCUCAACCAGGGCGGCAGCAUCGUCAUCCCGGCCCAGCACUUCCAGGGGCAGAACCAGUUCCUGCUGCCGGGCCAGCUGGCCGGCGCCUCGGCCGUGCAGCUGCCGCAGCCGCUCUCGGCGCUGCCGGCCAACGUGGGCGGCCAGAUCCUGGCGGCCUCGCACGGCGCCGGCAUCAUCGCCGGCCAGGGCGCCGGCGCCCAGCUCAUCGCCAACCAGGCGCUGCCGGCGCAGAUCCUGACCAACCAGAACUUGGCCGGGCAGCUCAACCUGGGCCAGGUGCUGACGUCGCCCAACGCCCACGGCACCGCCCACAUCCUGUCGGCGCCCAUCCAGCUCCAGCCGGGCCAGGUCGGCCAACCCGCGCUCUUCCAGAUGCCGGUGUCGCUGGCGGGGACGCUGCCCAGCCAGAGCCAGGCGGCGGCGGCGGCAGCGCCCACGGUGAUCCAAGGGGUGACGUUGGCCAACCAGGUCAUGCUCAACGCCGGCGACGGUUUGGGAGCCGCCGUCAGCAUCCAGGCCGCCCCCGGCGCCGCCCCCGGCGCCAGUCCCAGCCCCGGCGCCGACCCGGGCUCCGUCCUCACCGUCCAGCCCGCCGCGCCCGCGGCGGCGCCACUGCAGCUCAACGUGCCGGCGGCGGCGAGCGGGACGUCCCAGCCCAGCCCGGGGCUCGCCGGCAGCCCCGAGAAGAUCCUGUUGGGCCCCGCGGCCGCGCCCGGCACCGUCCUGGGCCAGGAGUCCAUGCAGAUGUUCCUGCAGCAGCCGAAGCUCCCGGGAGCGGGAUCGGGAUCGGGAACGUCCCCCGGGGACCCCCCUCCCCUCCCCUCCCAACUCCCUUCCCAACUCCCGGCCCAAAUCCCGGCUCAGCUGCCCCCCCAGCUCCCGCCCCGCCCCCCCUCCCAGCCCCAGCCCCUCUCCCGCCCCCCUUCCCGCCCCCAUUCCCGACCCCCUUCCCAGCCCCGCCCGCCCUCGGAGCCGCCCCCCCCGCGCUCCUGCACCCCCCAGAACCCCCCCCCGAAUUCCCAGGGCUCCCAGAAUUCCCAGGGGCUCUUCGGCAUCAUCCCGGAAUCCUCCCCCUCCUCCUCCUCCUCCUCCUCCUCCUCCUCCUCCUCCGUGGCCCCCCCGGAGCUCCAGCAGCAUUCCCAGUCCUCCCACUUCCCGGGAAUCCCGCUGGGAUCGGGGCCGGGGAAGAACCCCCCCCUGCACCUCCUGCCGGGGGCUUUCCAGCCCCUCCCCAACCCCAUUCCCAACCCCAUUCCCAACCCCAAUCCCGGCCCUCCUCCUCCUCCUCCUCCUCCUCCUCCUCCUCCUCCUGCUCCGCCGAAGCCCGGCCUGGAAAGGUUCCAGCAGGUCCCCCCGGGGCUGAUCCUGCAGCCGAAGCCGCCCCCGUCCAGCCCCGGAACGUUCCCGGCUCCGGCUCCGGGCGGGGCCUCCGUCCUGGUCACGGCCACGCCCACCACGCCCGGCCCCGCCCAUGGCCCCGCCCCCGCCACGCCCGCUAACGCAGGUGCCCCCUCGGAGAGCAAACCCUUCUCCAGCAUUCCCGGCAUUUCCAGCAUUCCCAGCGCCGUUCCCGCCGGGAAAGGGGCCCCGGCUCCGGGCAAGGCCCCGGCCCAGCAGCCCAGCCAGGCAAAGCCGGGUGGGAUCAAAGGCCCCCCCCAAGCCCCGGGGGGGGGGAAGGGCCCCCAGCCAAUGUUGGAGUCUCUGAAGAAGGCGCCGGCGCUGCAGCCCAGUAAGGAGGCCUGCCUCCUGGAGCAGCUGCACAAGCACCAGGGCUCGGUGCUGCACCCGGAAUUCCGGACCCGCUUCCGCUCCGUGGGCGACGCCCUGAGGAGGCUCCUCCCC